UGGUCGUCCACCGAUUCGAUAGGUUAAUAUGCGUAUUGUAUUAAAUCAGCUUUUACCUAUAUAAUUUUCUCUCGUUGUUAGACCCUUGCCAGCUCGUUCAUGAAAAAUUACGUGCAGUAGCCUCUUGCCAUUGGGUCCUACUGUAUGAUCCUCCAACCUAGGUAGAUGUUGAUUGUAAUAUCGAACCCUUUCUGUUGACUAUCUUGGUUCCAUCGUUGGAAGCUCAAACCUCGUCUGCCAGAUCAUCUCCUCUCAGCCACGCUUAAUCAUUGUUAUCACCAUUCCUCACCGCUGCCAUCAAUUCAACAUCGAACAUCACACCAUGGUCGAGCUUCGAAAGCGUAAGGCGCCAAACCAACCCCCUGUGGCAGAGAAAAGAACCAGGAAAAGCCAACAGUCCACCCCUGUAUCAACGCGCGCCGCCCAGGAGAAAGAAUCCAUUUCAAUAUCCUCUUCAAAUCGUGUCCCCAAGGUCGGCGACAAAAUUAUUUUGGAUAAAUUUGGUGGCGAGAUUGAAAGCAAUGAUGGCCUAAAAACUACCCUCAAUAAAUUGGUCGACGAGAGCAAAACUGGUGUUGUGCUCUUUACGUACCCCAGAGCCUCAACCCCUGGGUGUACAAAGCAGGCUUGUAUGUUCCGCGACAAUCAUGACUAUUUGACUUCGACUGGUUUCUCGAUCUAUGGCCUUUCUGCAGAUUCGCCCAAAGCGAAUACCACAUUCAGAACCAAACAGAGUCUACCAUACCCUCUUCUCUGUGAUACUGCAUCUACACUAAUUGCGGCUCUGGGACUCAAAAAGACACCUAAAGGUACGGUCAGAGGUAUUUUCGCUAUAGAUAAGGAAGGUAAAGUUCUACUGCUGCAGGCUGGUGGCCCCGAUACCACAAUUGAGCUUGCGCGGCAAAUGAUUGCAAGGAUUUCCAGCGAUAAAGGUUCAGAGCCGGGGGCUGUGGCUUAAGUUACAAGGCAAGGAAGGGAAAUAUAAAAUCAGUUACAAGAAGCAACAAACAUGAUUCACCUGUAUCAAUAUAAGCAAGACUACUAGUAAUAUUCCCACCUGAUGGAUUGACUCCCUGUCGAGCGACUAUCUAACGUUGAGACUAUCCGAAUCGAGGAUAUUAUCUUUCUAUUGUCGCUCGUUAGAUUCGAUAUAUAGAUAGAGGUCUUUUGGAAAUUUGAGGCUUGUGUGCUUU